AUGUCUGGUCGCGGCAAGGGUGGCAAGGGCUUGGGCAAGGGUGGCGCUAAACGUCACCGCAAGGUUCUACGUGAUAACAUCCAGGGCAUCACGAAGCCUGCCAUCCGCCGCCUGGCUCGGCGUGGUGGCGUUAAGCGCAUCAGCGGCCUCAUUUACGAGGAGACCCGCACGGUCCUCAAGAACUUCCUGGAGAACGUCAUUCGUGAUUCGGUCACCUACACCGAGCACGCUCGUCGCAAGACCGUCACGGCCAUGGACGUGGUUUACGCGCUCAAGCGCCAGGGCCGCACCCUGUACGGCUUCGGUGGUUAG